AUGAGACAACAGUCAGAGCUUGACAAAAUUGACUUGGAUGAUAUCAGCCCUGAACUUUGUAAUAAAGAAAUUCUUAAAAAUGUUCAUCCAGACAAAAUCGAUUUCUUUAGAUACAAUGACC